AUGGCGAUGGAAGAAUUAACAGCCCUCAUACACAAAGUGGUAUCUCAAAGUUAUUUUCAAGGUUUUCAAGUUAACGAGGAGGAGACCAUUGACAUUUUACAAUUAGCGGAUGAUACAAUCGUGCUAGGCAUUGGCAGUCAUGAGAAUCAAUGGUGUUUGAAGUUUAUUUUAAGAGGUUUUGACCUUAUGUCGGGGCUAAAGGUUAAUCUUUGCAAGAGUAAUUUAUACGGAAUCAACAUGGGAGAGUGGAACCUUGAAGGGGCUUCAACCUUUCUAUCGUGUAAUAUAGGAAAGUUGCCUUUUAAAUUUCUAGGUGUGAUGGUGGGUGAUAGUCCUCGUAGAUGCGGUAUGUGGAAAGACGUUAUAAGUAACUGUAGAAGGAAGCUGACAGCUUGGAGAGGAAGAUAUCUUUCUUUGGGAGGAAGGGUUGUUUUGAUCAAUUGA